AUGUAAGUAAGGGGAAAACUAGACACCGUCGACAUUCCAGUAACGUUAUGCACAACCGUAUUCUAACUUCUAGCAGUUAAGCUUAAUACGUUGUUUCAGUUCAAGUCUGGGUGAUUACAACUCGUAACCAGAACCUCAGAGGUUGGAAUCUUUUCAGGAAAAACUCUGAUGCUUUUUGUGUCGCUGUGUCUCUGACGGAGUAAGCAUCAGUCUCAUGCAUUUAACCAGGUUUUCAUUCAGUAUAAUUAUUCCCAAUGACAUUCCAGCCCUAGCAGUGUGCAGGAGUUUUUUUCACUGGUCGUUUCAGUACAUGUCGUUUCGCUACGAGCUCACGCAGUGACACGUCAAGCACCAUUUACAGACAAAACAUCAAAUUGACUGGGACUCUGCAACAUGUAUUACAUAUUCUACAGAGUACUAUCACCGACUCACUUUAGACACCUGGUUUACUAACUUAGAACAAAUUAAUGCCCGUGAAUUGUAGUCAACAGUUACCGGCACUGUACAAACGACUUAUUGACGUAAUCAAGCAAAACUACCAAUGAGAGAACAACUGGACACUGACAAUAAUCUUACUAACAAUAAACGACUGUUUAGCUGUGACAAUAGACGGAUUGAAAUGCACCAAAGACAAUAUGAGUCUUAAUAGCCAAUAACUUCACAGCUUAACUGACAGACGACCAAUAACAUCAUGACUUAAUUUACCAAUCAGGUCAAUAACCAGAGUUUAAUACCAUCAACUGACAUGAUAGAACUCACUUUGACUCUGAAGAUGACUACUGCACAGGUUGUCAAACAUCAGUCACUGUCAACAGCAACAGUCCUAUUCAGGACUAUGUUCACCUGGGCAAUUAUACUCAACCUACUUAUGAAAUGACACCUGGGUUCAAACCUUUCACAAUGAAAAUUUUGUUUUCUAGCGAGGCAGUGCUGUCACCUUAGCAUUUCUAUAAGUAAUAUAAUGUUUGCGUUCCACCUGGAUAAAUGUUAAAAUUAUUUUGUUUUAAAGGGAUAUCUUGUCUUUUGUUUCUAAGGCGAUUAAAUGCAGAGCUGGAGGAAAGAACUGCAAGUUUGAUUAAGGAGGCAGAGGAAGUCAUGGUAAAUUAACCUACAUUUCUUCACCAGUUACCAGUCCUUAGGGCAUUACACUGUAAUGAAUACUGAUACAGGCACCAGUGGUGAUGCUCCUAAAUUUCCCACAUUUGAAACCAAAUCCUGAAAAUUAGUCACUGAACUGGCAUUCUUUCAUUCUCUAUCAUGCAUGUACCCCACUUGUUCCCAGUGUACUGUUUGAUUUUAAUGAAAAGAAAAGAUUUUAAAGUUUGCACCAGGGACUACCAGGUACUGAUAGCACACAGUCCUGAAACUGCAAAUUUUGGUACAUCACUAAGUGUGUUUAGGCUGGAAAGUCAAUGUUUUUAUCCAUGUAUACAGGUGUAAAUAAGAAGAAAAAGAAAGAAAAAAAGCCUAUGAUGAUUGUUAAGAAAAUUACUGUUAUUCAGAUAUGCAUUUUAGAAUGGUGCAACACAAUGUGUUUUUUAGAAGUCAAAAAUGCUUGAGCCGCAAGCAGAUUGGUCUCCUUUCAGGUAUUAAUAAUAUUUGACUUCCCAUUUUUGAUGAGUAUCCCAUCCCCUUCAUGUGGUAGUCCUUUCCUGGGAAUGUCUUUCCGUAAAGAUCCUGGACACUCUUCAGCUACUCUUUCUAUACCUACUUCCUCUGUGAAACCAAAAAAAAAGUUUAUAAAAUAAUUAUCACUUGUUGAUUCAUGCCAAAAAUGGUUAAUUCUAUAAGAAUGUCACCAGACCUGGUGUUAUCUUAGCUUGAUCAGGAGGAGCUCCUUGCCAGACCUAGCACAACAGAGGUGGAAUACACAGAUGACUUGGAGUGAGUAGUGUUAUUUAACAGUGUUUCUCUUCACUCCAUAUAGCACACUUUGCUAUACAUGUACAUGCUCAAUACAGAAUGUAGUUUAAAUCUGUUAUCAAACAUUUCUACAACAAGACAAUCAAAGAAAUAUCUGCCAAUUGCAGAAGUAAUAUCAUCCCCCCCCCCUACUCCUCACCCCCUAUAUAAUCCAUGAUUUACCAUGUAUUCAAUUUUUUGGAGCUUUUUGGAUCCAGAUAAUAUGUAUCUGACCUCCCAGUUAAAGGCCCAUCUACCUGCAAACAAAAAAAAUAAAUCUGAUUAUAAGCCUAUAAGCCCUCCUCUAGCUUGAAUGAUUGAUUUAUUACGAAGUUUUGAAGGUUAAUUAAAACCAGUAAAUGCAAAACACAUUAAUUUUGUUGAGCACUACUAUAACUUUGUUUUGAUGCACUUUAUGUAUAAGUGCUCCUACAUUUUUAAAACCCCUCAUGGAGAUGUUUAAGUCCAGGGCAUAUUAUAAGUGGCAGUUUACCAUGUUAAGUACAGUAUUUCCACAUAUAGUGCAGUAUCUCACCAUGUCUAUUCUAGUGUACAUGUAGUUCAACAUACUUAUGAAAAAAAAAACUUUUUGUUUGACCAGUGAUUUUUUGCCAUCAGUGGAUUUGUCACAAGUCAACAAACCUCAUUCAGCAGCCACCAAACAGGUAUUUUCCUUAAGCAGUUAAUAUUUAAAACUGUGUCUUAUUUUUCAGGUUAAUGUACAUGUACACCAGUACUCUUGUUAAACACAUAUGUUUUCCAGAUAUCAGUCCUAAAACAAUACUGAAAAUUUUAUCUUGGACACAAGAACCUGUUCUCCUUAACUUCUUCAUUUCCUCUUAGAUCUGAAUGUGAACUGUGACAUUUUCAAAUCUGCAUUUCCUUUUUUAAUUAUUUUAGAAAUCAGGAGUCAGUGUAAGACCUUCGAGUGGCACAACAGGAAAACAAGGAUCACGGCCAACUUCAAGAGCGAAGAGGACAAGGUGGAUAAAAUUAAUAUAAUGAUGCAAUAUUAAAAUUUCAGAACUUUUAGACCAUAGUGUACAUGCACAACUCAUCACUUACCGCACAACUUCACAUAUCUUCCUACAAAUUAAACAGUUUUUUAAAAAUAAUCAUUGAAUGGUAGUAGCCAUAAACUAAUAGUUGCUAUCAAAUACCAAAGGGGCAAUAGUCUCUAUGAGCAGGGUCUAUGGGAAGGCUAUUAUUAUUGUUAUUAUAAUUUUUUCUGAUAAGACAACAUUUGCACUUGAAAGUAUCAAUUGAAACAUCGCCGUAAUAGAUAAAAUACACAAGUGAGCGGGGAGGCUGAACAUGAAGAUAUUGUUAUUCCUUAUGCACACUAGCCUUUGGCGAGUGAAGUCAACAGUUUAUCCAAGAGUACAAUAGGAAAAGAGCAAUGGAAGAGGGGUUAAGGGAGAAGCUACAACAAAGUGAGGCAGAGCUAAGAACAAUGUGUCAAAAUACGUCAUUGUUUCACUCGACCCAGGGAACCAUAUAUCUAAGCAGCCUUCUGACCAAAUACUGUUCAAAUACUAUAGGCAAAUUUUGUUCUCUUUAACCGAGCAUGGAGUCCACUAAUUUUAUCCGAUUGAAGCAAAUUGAAGCUGAAAGCGCAUAGAAUUCAUCAAAUUGUUUUCAAAUUUGGGGUAAUAUGCACUUUAAAAGAUGGAGGAGAGGGUAUCUGUAAUAAAAAGUGGGAAUUGUAUCUGUUGUAGGUAAAAUCGAUCUCAAGUUAAAUCAGUAUUUAACCUAGUUUGAUUUAGAAUUUCCUUUGUUUCCUAGCGUGAAGUGUGAGAUCACAAAAAUUCAAAUUUGUGAAAUUAUGGGAUUGGAUGGCAUAUUCCCCUUGCCAAAAAUCAGCCUUUUAGUGCAAAUUGGCGGGGAGAUAUGAGCACCGUUAUGCUCUGAUGACUCCCUACAAUCCUUCGCAAAGUUAAUUGGCUUGGACGUGGCCUAUUUUAGAAGGAUUUAUAGAGGUUCACUGGAGCAUAACAAUGCUUAUAUCUCCCCGUCAAUUUGCCCUAUCAGGCUGAUUUUCGGAAAGUGAACAUUUUUCAUAUUCAUCUUCUGGAUUGCCAACCUAUCCCAUAAUUUCACAAAUGGAGUUUUCGUGAGAUCAUCACUUCUCUUCCCUUUUAAGUACAUGUAAGUUUAAUUUGUGAAGUAAACAUUCUUUAAGGCCUAAAUCCAAGACAGCAUCAGCUCCUGGGAGUGUAGCAAACACACCCAUCCCUUCCGAUCAUGCCGCAAUGGACAUGCUUCACGACAGGAUUACCCUGGCAAAUACAAUCAGCACUCUGGAGGAUGAUGCACGAGAUGACAGUUACACAACUACUGUUGAUGACAAUGUGUUACCUGUUGGGGCUGAAGACAUGGGAUCAGGUUUGUAAUACAUGUCCAAGACAGGCCUGCUUAAGCAACUUUCAGAAAUCAUGAGGGCAUGUUUGAGUUCUGGGUGGCUUUCCUAGGAAUUAAGAGGUUUAUAACUGGGUGGCAAUUUCACAGUUUGAGUUAUGGAAAGAGUAAGAAAAACUGCAAUUUAAGUGAAUCUAGAGGGGUCUUUCUUGAAGAUAUGGACCUAAUGACUGACCCACUUGGGUAUUUUAAGGGGUCAAUGAAGAAAAAAAAGUGAAUUAAAGUUGUUUAGUUAUCUAUAGCUUACCUAUUAAACCUGGAAUUAUUAAGCUGAGGUAAAAUUUGAGAGAUGAGCAUUGAUCUCAUUGAUUGGAGAAUUAGAGGAGGAGAGAAAAACUUUUUUCUCUCUUUGCCUGUCUCACGUUUAGCCCCUGAGGUUAAGUGUUUUUAAACGCUUAAUCACCAUGAUUGUUUUAUUGCUUAUUUAUUUAGAAGCAACUAUUAGGUUUCUUAAGGCAAAACUGAGGGUUAUGCAGGAGGAACUAGACAGAGUUGUAGCUGAGUGCAACAAAAAGGUAUAAUACUGAAAGUAUUUUAUUAGUAAAAAAUGUUCAUUUAAACAUUUUCAGACUAAUAAUUUCACUUGUUAAUGUUUGAGGGCCACGAAGGAGUCUAGUUGACAGGAAUUUUUUUCUAUAUUUUUGUAAUUAAGAAACGCGUUUCACAGUGAUAAAUCUUCUAUUGCUUCUUCCUAUAGGAUGAGAAAACUACAUCAGUUCAAAAGAAAGUAAAGGAACUGACGGAGGAACAGGGUAGAUUACAAAAAAAUAACCAGGGAUUGCAGGUCAGUGCCGCAAUGUUUGUUACUGUAAUGGUUUGAUAAAGUUAAAAGUAAAGCCCCAAGUCUCUAUUGGAGCAGUCUGCUGGGUUAGAACGGUAGGUGUAUUAACCCUUUAAGCCUUAAGAGUGAUCAGCAUCAAAUUUCUCCUUGUAAUAUCAGUGCUCUAUCAAACAGAGUGGUAAUGAGAAUUACGGACAUGGUCACACAAGAUGAAUUUGCUUGAUAUUUUAUCAACUUCUUCCCAUUACUUCUGUAGGAAAUGAAUAGAGGCAACAAAUGAGAAUUCAAAUUUUGAUCUUAGGGUUUAAAGGGUUGAGGACUUUGAAACUAGUAGCCCUACUUCUGAAGCUUUCCUUUGUGUUUUUAGGCUCAGAUUGACAAAUAUAAGAAACUAUACGAUGAGUGCAAACACAAGAAUGAAGGACUGGAACAACAACUGGUAGCUUUGAGGAAGGUAAGCCCAUUAGCUUGGUAGCUGUAUAUUUCUUGUUGCCGCCAUAAGCCACAGUCUGCUGUCUCAGCACAACUCUCUCUCUUCUUGCUCGGAUACUCAAGUCAACAACAAAUACUUGCUUUUGCAUUUCAGGAAGUGACUGUUUAACGCGUUUUGGCCUAUUUUUAUGUUCACACCUGUAUAGCUACCCUGGGUGCCAGAGGCUUUUUAUGCGCGGUUCCGGUUUUGGCCGAAGACGUGUCGGCCUGCGGCCGACGAAGCUCCUCGUCGCAGCGAGAGAAACCCUCUGGUACCCAGGGUACUCUGUGUAGCAGACUAGGCUACUGUAUGACCGUCAACAAAUUAAACAAGACCCAAGGUCUUCGUCUGAAUUGAAUGGGUGGUAGCCACUCGAAUAGUUCGCUAGGUGCUUUCAUUUAACCUUUGCGUGUUUUAACGGAUUAUCAAUUAAUCGUUUACUUUACUAUCAAUGCAGGAUCUUGACUCUGUUCAGAGAGAUCAAAAGCAAGCUGCGUCUAACAAAAAUGUCACAGAAGUCAGGUAGGUGUAUUGUACGAGUUAACGCUUAUUCCUUCCACAGUUUAAAUCAAACCAAUGAAUAUUAUUCUUAGUUUCUUGUUAACCAAUCAAAAGGCUUUCAUUGACCUGGAAAUAACUAGAAAAGUGUCAAACCGGUUGAACCACCUUGAAAUAGCGCAAGAUGUUAUUUUCAUGAGGCUACUGUAAUUCCACCGGACUAAGACUAUGAUGUCAUGGCGUUCAUGUAUUGCUCCAGAUGGAAAGUAAUAGGGAAAUUAGAGUCAGGUUUACGGCAAAUGGCAAAAACGUGAAUUUGUACCACGUGACCAAGUUAACCAUUUACUUGCCAUUUACUGUUCCCUAUUGCUACACGGAAAUCAGUAGAUUCACGCCAGUUUUAUCCUUAAAAAUUGUUUUGCGCUGUUUCUGUCUGCUUGUCCUCUAUUUUGAAAAUUCUUAACUUGAAUCUGAUGUUUGACAUUUGCCGUUAACGUGACUCUAAUUCUCUAUUGCGAUUCCUCCUUAAAAAGGUUAAUUCGGAGCGCCCGAUACUACUAAAGGCAGAUGAGAUACGGGCUGUUGACGAUUCAGAUGGAGACUAUUAACAUACCGAAAACAACUCCUUUUCUCCAUUGUUUAUGUUGUAGGUUGAACCGGGCUCUGGAAGAAGUCGAGAAGUACAAAACUGCUCUUCAGAAGACCAAAAGUCAGUCUAAAGUAAGAAGAGACACAGCCGUACUUAUUAUUCCUCUUGUACAAAUGGCAUGUGCCCGACCAGGCCACUGAUUUAGUAGGAUAAACCAGGGAAGUUGCCGGAGAUGAUAACACGGUUUUACAGAGAAAUAUUAUUCACCACCAACAAUUUCUUGAAAGUUACUCAGAGCUUUCAGAACCCAUCCGAAUCCCUUCAUUAGUGACGUUUGCUGCUAUUUGAUCCAUAAAUAGGUCAUUAUUUCCGACUUGCCUCAAGCCAUUGAUAUGAAAAUGAUUUUUUAUACUCUUGCAAAUAAAACUCAUUUGCAGAAGAAAGGUUUUGCAUUUAGCCAUACUGAUGACUACCCAGAUCUGGGUAGUGCUCCUGAUUGGUCAUGCCGCGUGGGAAAUUUGCACUACGCAAAUCUGGGUACUGGGUGACGCGUCGUCAGUAUGGAAUUUCUGCGCUCGUUGACCAUUAAUAGAUCAUCUCCGACUUGCCUCAAGCCAUUGAUAUGAAAGUGAUUUUUUCUAUUCUCACGCAAAUAAAACUCAUUUGCACCAGAAAGGUUUUGCACUGUUCCUGAAUGUCUUUUUCAAAACUUGAAGCUUUUUGUUGUACUUGUUAUUUCGUUCCCAGGACUCUGGUGAACAGGACAGAAAGCGCAUUGAACAACUGCUGGCGGAAAACAAACGCCUCGAGAAACAGAAAAACGAACUAAUGGCUGGUUUCAAGAAACAAAUGAAGCUUAUUGACGUUCUGAAAAGACAAAAGGUAACUUUUAACUUUCUUUUCUCUCCGCUGCUAAUCAACAGUGAGACAUUUAUCAAGUCCUCACGAGUAUUGUUGGUGUGAGCAAUCACGUCGCUGGUUUCCUUCGCCCUAACUUGAGAAAACAGCCGACAUUUCGGGACGCCACCACCGUUCUCCCCGCGAAAUGACGUCUGAGAAACGAGCGCAAAAAUUCCAUACUGAUGACGUGUCACUACCCAGAUCUGGGUGGUGCUUCAGAUUGGCCGUCCCGCGUAGGGUAUUUGCUUCAACCAAUCAGAAGCACUAGGCAGAUCUGGGUAGUGAGGCGUCAUCAGUAUGGAAUUUUUUAGCGCUUUCCUCAGACUUUAUUUGGCAAGGAAACCAGUGGUAACGUCGCGAAACGUCUGCUGUUUUCUCCGGCUAGCUUCGCCGUAAAUCAUAAGAGGACGUAAAGGAACCCAUGCUAUUGAUUAAAAAGAGCAGUGGGCGUAGACCCUGAAAUCAUGCUCCACCAAUGUUCUUGAUAGUUUGGGGUGAGAUGAGUACAAAAACUGAAGUGCCACCAAACUGCGCCUGUAUAUAUGUAUACACAUCUAUGGCUUCUCCGUAAUUUAGCCAUAAGGGAGGUAAAUUGAUAUCCGUUCUUUUAUGGAAGCAAACGACUGGAACCACUGGUUUGCGUCAGGACACUCUUAACUGCCAUUCUCGCCAGCGAGACUGUCCUGGCUUUGAUCUGUUCCUCCUGGGUAGUACACGGUAUUUUGGAGUUGCCACCUACAUGUAACACGAGAAAAGCAAAUUCUUUGUGAGCAUUUCUUCAAAAAACGUACAAUGUAGCUCAAAAGAAUUUGGGACUCGGUGGAAAAACCCAUCCAAGUAACUGUAACAUAGGACUCUGCUGCUAGUAACAAUGUUUCGAUCGGCUUUGCGUUCAUCCCUUCAUACCCCCACUCCCCUGCACGAUAAUGUUUUGACCCCAAGAAGACUCAUUUCCAGCCAUUUUGAUCAAAAUUCAACAUUGUCUAGGGUGGAGAGGGUAGGUCGCCAGUUGUACUGAUAUCACUGGGAAGUCCUUAACACUUCUGACCUCCAUCGUACAUUAUAGCCUCCGCCGGGGAGUUGGUUUAUCCAAGCUUUGAUAAACCGGCUACCGUAAAACUGAAAUUCCAACCUGGGGUCAGUUUAAUAAAACUUUUACACUUGUAAUUUGCAAGUGUAGUCAUUGUUUAAGGUCUGAAAACAAUAUAGCUAGACUUGUAAAUUAUACUCGUAAAAGUUUUUUUAAAUGACCCCUGUUCUCAUCAACUGUUGGUAUAUCUUGUUGUUUUCUCCUAGAUGCACAUCGAAGCUGCCAAGCUACUUCAAUUUUCAGAGGAAGAAUUCGUCAAAGCACUAGACUGGGGAACCUGAACUUCGCUAACUGUUCGAAAUGACAAAUCAUCCAUUGACAUGUUGUAAAUAGAAGAUUUUCCAGGGCAUGACCGUAUUGUUGCUUCUUGUCGUGGUACUCCCACGGUUUACAUACGAUCUGCGACUUUUGUACAGGCGUCAACAACACUUUCCUAGUUUUGUAAAAUAAUAGACUCAUCCAAGCGUUCCUCUCAAUAUUUAUUUAUUGCUUUUGAAGUUCUCAUGAAAGUUCUCUUAAAAGAGUGCCAAAGUAAACCCACAGAUAUUGCUUACUAGUAGUGUUAGUACAUGAUACAAUUCAUUGGGUGGAACCCAUUACUCUUCUCACAAUUGCCACUGUACAAGAUCUAUACUUGAAGCAGUAAGCAGCAGGUUAAGAACCUUCGGCUAAAAUUUGUCUGAUGAGAAUCAUAAUUCAGGCAGACAAAUGAAGCAGGUUCUUAUAAGAAGAACUACCGAAUAUUAGACAACUCAAAACUUGGAAGGAUCCUGGUAGUGUGCUAGACAAACACACAAUGUGCAGUUUCAGAAAAUCUCCAUACCCACCCUGCAGAAGGGACUGGAUUGUACAUUGUGAAUUCACUUAUUAAAGCUAACGUUUGGUAAAGCUGUUUAACAUUUGAGACAGUUUCCGAGAACCUCUUUAACAUUUUCCGGGCUGACUUCUCACUACGCAACCUAUUUAAUACAUAUAGAGAGAUUUGGAGUGACAUAAUUAAUAAUUAAUAAUAAUAAUUUUAUUGAUUUGUAUUGCGCAAAUAUCAAUCCAGGGAAAGAAAUUUUCAUCUGCGCAUAACAUUGACUCAACAAAAUCCUAAAAUCCUAGUACAUAUUCCAAAAAAAAAAAAAAAAUUUACAAUAAAAACAAUAAAUUAGCUGGGAAACGCCUUCUGAAAUAAAUGAGUUUUAAGAGCCUUCUUGAAAGCAUUAACUGAAGAUAUAUUUCUAAUAAAAAGGGGAAGAUCGUUCCAUAAUUUAGGGGCAGCCACAUAAAAAGAUCGAUCACCAAGCGUGGAAAGAGACUUGCAUGGUGGAAUGUUAAGAAGUUUGCCGUUAUUUGAUCUAAGAUAGUACCUACCCCCUGUGUCUAUCGGUGAUACAAGUUCUAUAUUACGGCAAAAGGCAAACGUAUAUUUGUACCACGUGACCAAGUUUUCGCUUAACUUUACAGUGACGUUUACGGCAAACGUGAAUUCGUACCACGUGGUCAAGUUUUCACUUAACUUGUCGUUUACUGUACCUUGCAACUACACGGAAAUCGAUAGAUUUACCCCCGUUUUGUCCAUAAGAAUAGUUUUAAGCUUUUUUAUCUGCUCAUUUUCUCUUUUGAGAAUUUCUCAACAUGGAUCUGACGUUUGCCGUAAACGCGACUCUAAAUCUCUCUAAUAAAAAACGCAUCACCCUGAAAAAAAAUCACUGGUUGUUUUUACGGUUUUUUCUGUACUGUUGAUCGCUCUCAAGUUCUACCACUUCCCUGGACAUGGAAAUACACCGAACAUUUUGACCCA